AGAUUAAUUUUUUGAUUAGUAAAUAAGGUUAGGUGGCUCAGAAGUUAGCACUUACGAAGUUCAGUGUUUAGGUUAAGUAGUGUUUAAAAUUUUAUUCACAACUCUUAAUAUAUAGAAUACACGAUGUCAGUUUGGAAAAAUGCUUCGAAAGCUCAUCAAAAAACUCACAGGGAACGACAUCAACCUGAGGAACGACAACAUUUGGGACUUCUGGAAAAGAAAAAGGAUUAUGUUCGUCGUGCAAAAGACUACAAUGAAAAAAAGGCCACAUUAAAGAUUUUACGCAAAAGAGCUCUGAAUAAAAAUCCUGAUGAAUUUUAUCAUCACAUGAUAAACUCAAAAACUGAAGAUGGAAAACAUUUCGAUAAAGAAACCGAACCAGAAGACACUAUUGACCAAAUCCAGUUGAUGAAAACGCAAGAUUUGAAAUAUAUCGUCACUAAAAGAACUCAAGAGUUGAAUAAAAUAGAGAAACUACAAGCACAGUUGCACUUGCCAAGCAUAGAGUUUGAAAGUACCAAUAGUCACAUUUAUUUUGAUAAAGAAAUGAAGAAAGAAGCUGAAAAACGAAGCUUGGAGCUUUUAAUGGAGAAGGAAUUGCCAGAGGUAGAUGAAGGUAUGCUGAUGGCAUCUGCGAGGAAACGAAAAUCUUUGUAUGAAACAUUAGGAAAGAGAAUAAACAGAGAGAGGCAACUUGCUAUUACACAGCAGAAGAUUGAAAUAUCUAAAGCAGUGGAGAAUAAAAAGAGUAUGUUACCUCCCAGACGAAUUAGGAAAGGAACAAAAGACAGUGCUCCAGUGUAUGUAUGGAAGUAUGAACGGAAGAAAUAAGCCUUUAGAUUUUAUUUUUUAUAUUAAAAAAAUUAUUACAAUAAAUGUUCCUUGAGUACAGAUUCGUCUUCCAAUACAUCUUUUGCCAAGAUUUUA